AUGCUCUCACACUCAGCUCGUCGGCUUAUACCGGCUAUGAUGCCUUUUCACUUGGCUCGAGCUCCCAUGAGCCGACGGACCUUCACCUCCACACAAGCCAUAUUUAACUCAUCCAAGGAGCCUAGUGCAUAUAAGGAAGGGAUGAACCAAUAUCGAACCUUUAUGGGCCCCUUCGCCAAGGUCUUCUUGGGAGGGGUGUUCGUCUACCAAGUCCUCUAUUGGACCUGGUUGAAGUUGGAGAUGGAUGAGAUCAAGGUGGCAAAGAAUGAGAAAGUGGCCGUGCUAGAGAAAGAGGUCCGGGAGUUGACUAGCACCCAGAAAUGA